AUGUCUCUCAAGAAGGUCCUGGUCGCCCUCGCGGCCCUGGGCACCUCCGCCCUCUCAAGCCCCACCAGGGCCAAAAGGGCCGCCGCCUACGACGACAACCCCUUCGACGGCGUGGCCAUGUACGUGAACCCGUUCUACAGGGACGAGAUCUACGAGCUUGCCAUUCCCCAGAUGUCCGGCUCCCUCGCUGAAAAGGCCAAGCUAGUCGCCGAGACACCCUCGUUCCAAUGGCUCGACAAAAUCGCCAAGAUUGAUCUCAUGAGCGCCACCCUCGCCGAGAUCCGCGAAGCUAACAACGCCGGAGCUGACCCGCCCUACGCCGGCCUCUUCGUCCUAUACAACUUCCCCGAUAGAGAUUGUUCCGCCAAGGCUUCUGACGGAGAGCUCCACCUCGACGAGGACGGCCUUGAGAGGUAUCGCACCGAAUACAUCGAUCCCGUUGCGGAGCUUGUCAAGGAGUAUGAUGAUGUCCGCAUCAUUUUCGUCUAUGAACCCGAUGGCCUUGCCAAUUUGGUCACGAACCUAGACGGAGUAGAGAAAUGCGCAAACGCGGCCGAUGCCUACCACCAGAGCACCGUCUACGCCCUCGAAACCUUGAACCAUGACAACGUCGCUCUUUAUCUCGACGCUGGCCACGCCGGUUGGCUCGGCUGGCCGGGUAACCUCAACACCACGGCCCAAGUCUUCGGCGCCGUGUACAAGGAGGCCGGGAAGCCUGGAGCUGUUCGUGGUCUCGUUACUAACGUCUCCAACUUCAAUGCUUACAACGCCACUGAACCCCCCGCAUACGCAACCGAAAACCCCAACUCCGACGAGAGCAAAUUCCACGAAUCCCUCGUCCCCUACCUCGAAGAAAACGACUUUCCCACCCACUUCAUCGUCGACACGGGCCGCUCCGGCGCCCAGCCCGCCGGCCGCGAGAGCUGGUCGGCCUGGUGCAACGUAAAGGACACCGGUUUCGGCAUCCGCCCCUCGGCGGAUACCGGGAGCGAGUUGCUCGAUGCUUUCGUCUGGGUUAAGCCCGGUGGGGAGUCGGAUGGAACUUCGGAUGAGGAGGCUGUGAGGUAUGAUGUCAAUUGCUCGUCGAAUUCGAGUUACGUUCCUGCUCCGGAGGCGGGGGAGUGGUUCCAGGAGUACUUUGAGAUGUUGAUCAAGAAUGCCGAUCCGCCUUUCAAGGUUGACUGUAAGAGCAAGAAGAAUAAGAAGAGGUCGCUGUAA